AGAAUACGGAACGAACAUGUAGAAAAAAAUAUUAUUCAUUAUUUUUGACGAUAGUCUCAUUGUUCAUAUUGUCAUCUUCGUAAUUUCACUUUGAAAAUAAUUAAAAUUGAAUUGAUUUAAUCCUUUGGUAUUUAUACAACGAGGCAAAGAAAAUAAUGGGCUCUCAACCAAUUGCAUAUCUUUCUCGAAUUGAAAGCUUUAGUGCUUGCCAUCGACUGCACAGCCCUUUUCUGAACGAAAAAGACAAUCUCGAAGAAUAUGGAAAAUGCAAUAAUUUAAAUGGUCAUGGACAUAACUAUUCGUUGGAGGUCACAUUGAAAGGUCCAGUCAAUCCCAAAACCGGAAUGGUUGAAAAUUUGAACGAAUUGAAACGUGCCAUUAAUUCUGCAGUGAUGGAUGUGUUAGAUCAUAAGAAUAUUGACAAAGAUGUGCCAUAUUUUCAGAAUGUCGUAAGUACCACCGAGAACGUUGCAGUUUUUAUUUGGAAAAAUUUAAAAUUACAUUUACAAAAACCAUCGUUACUGUACGAAGUGAAGGUGUACGAAACGAACAAAAAUGUCAUCAUUUAUAGAGGAGAGGAAGAACUGUAAUAUUUCCGUGUGUAUAAUCUCGUGAAUUAGGUACUCAUCAUUGUAAUAAUUGUUGUUACAAAGUUCAAUGAAUAAUGAAAUACGAAAAAUUAAUUCUUUUUCGAUGAAGUUUCAUUUUGCGGACUUGAAUUCCCGGUCUGCGUCUGCGUAUCGUUACCAUUUGUGGCGUCGUAACUGAGUUCAUUCAGUUUUAUAGGAUAAGUCAACAGGUUUCCACUAUCCCAAGUGAACAAUUCCUAUUGUAAGAAAAAAUCUGCGUUAACAUGUUCUAAUUGACGGGUAUUUUUUAUCAAGUUUUUAUCUGCUUAUGUAUGUACUUCUACUUACAUUUAGGCGGUUAUUGUACGAAAUCAUGGUUGUGUUUUUGAAUGGAUUUGUAAAUUGUAUUGGAUUUGUGUCGUCCAGUAAUUUUGAUUUAUAAAGAUCCAACGCGAAACUGCAAAAAAAUACCAUCAAGUAGAUAUAUAUUUUAUCAAUAGUUUUUUUUACGUAUUAUUAUGAUUUAAAAACUGAGAAUAUGCUUUCGAUAAAAUUAUCAUGUAAAAAACUGAGAUUCACCUACUCUAUCGGUAGGUAGGUAGAGGUACUCUGAAAUUUUUCGAUCAAACAAUCGAUAUCGCCUUGAAAUUUUUCGUUUACCUAAAUCUGCCCGAAGAUCCCGUUUUUUUUUUUUGUUGUUUUAAUUCAACGUAAUUUUUAUUGCAACUUCAUGAUCAUGUAUCAAUUUAGAACAGUACAUUUGUCAACGUUAAAGAUGCACGUUGUGUACCGAAUCUUCAACUGAUAAGAUACCGAGAGCAUUUAAUCUUCUGUUUUAAUUUUACUGUAGCCAUAACUCUAAGCAUGAUCAUACAUUAUGCUGUAAGAAAGAUAUCAGAUUAUAAGAUAUGUAAGUAGCUAUGUUUACCAUGUAAUUAGAUGCGAAAGCAAAAUAGGUGCUUUUACCAAUUACAUUAUACCUGUUUAAAUUCUGUAAUUACAUACCUUAUUUUCGUAGUAA